AUGAGCAAAAGAGGUAGCCACUAUGGCAAUCAUAAACAAGAAGAGGCAGACGAGGAUGUAGAUAUCGACGAACUACUAAGUGACUGUGGAGAUGACGAUGAUGAUGAUGAGGAUGGCAAUAAUUAGAAAUAUGUGGGUGAGUAAAGCCAAAGAGGCAGCAACUACUUAUCAAAUGCAAUAUCUUAUUCGCAGUACACUCAAGCUCAUCAUUAUUAAGAAUAAGAUCACAGAGAAAAUAUCGGUUCAAAAGAUGACAAUGACACUGAGAUGAAUGAUGACGACUCAACUGAAAAUGUGAUGGACUCGACUUCAACUACAAACAGAGAUGAAACUUUUGGCACUCACUCACAAGAAGGAAGUUCAUCUGAUACUAGUUCUCAGCAGCAAUAGUCAUAGCAUCAUCAAUAAGUAUUCCGAAUAAAUCAAUAGUAGCAUUAUACAAACAAUUAACACUUUAACAAUGGCUAUAACUAGGAUCUAGGCAAUGACAACGUCUAGUAGCAAUAGUUUCAAUAGCUUAUACCUACAUAUCCAGGUGUAAAUGGAGUGCCUAGUGGCAGACUCUCUUUCUUUAGAAAGAAGAAGAAAAAGAACCCCUACGAUGAAGCCUCAAUAGCCACUCUAAAUCCUGAAUGGUUCAUCAAUUUCACUCAUUUCCCACUUGAGGUUCAAGGUAUGGAGGAAGCUCUAGAAAAGUACAACGAGCUGGGACUCGGCUGCAGAAUCCAAUUUAAGCGAGGCAACUGCCGCAAGGACUUAAAUGGCUUCACACUUCAGUUCACUAUCAGAUGCUUCAGAGGUGCUGGUGGCAAGUAAAAGAUAAACUAGGUGGGUUCAAGACAGAAUGGGCUAUCUGAGAUCUAGGACGAUAAGAAUGCAUCAUAAUCAUCCCAUUGA